AUGACAAGUAGCUUCGCCCCACUAGCUCAUUUCAGUAUCCCGACUGAACGGCUACAUAUUUCCUAUCUUGAGCCAGGAAACCUUUCACACAGCGCCUUUCUUCGCCAUCUCUGGAAUACGGAUGAAUUUAUCGAGGCAGAAGGGAACGUAGGCCUUGAUACAGUAGAGAAGGCCGGCGAGUUCAUCACGAACAAGGUCCAAGGCGACUAUAAAAAACGUGGAUAUGGACAAAUGCUUGUGUCUUUGAAACCUUAUUCUGGAGCCUCGUUGGCCGAAAGCAAAUCUAUUGGAAUUGUGUCCCUGAUGAAGGGCGAUGGAGAGAACGCGUACACAGCGCCUGACGUAGGGUAUACUAUUCUGCCACAGGAGAAUGGGAAGGGAUAUGCCACCGAAGCGGCGAUCGGGCUGAUCGCUUAUGCAAAGAGAGAAUUUGGUGUGGAGGGCGUCUUUGGGUUCUGUGAUCAAAAGGAUAAGCGCAGUCAAAGAGUGAUGGAGAAGAUCGGUAUGGAGUAUCGGGGGAAACGACAUUUGAAGGUUUUUGGAGGGGCGCAUAGUGCCGUCUAUUCGUUGCCUGGAAUGGGGGAUUUGAAGGAUUAUGGAAUUGAAGAUGAUGUUUGA